AUGGCGCCUAAAAAAUCAAAGGCAUCAAAGAUGUCUCUCAAUGAAUUUCUCGGCGAUAGCACGCUGGGAUCAUGGGCGGAUGAGAUGGACUCUCUUCCGAGUGCUCCGUCGAUAAGAACGGACGAUGACAGAGCUCGUCAAGGUGAUCGGUUUGGAAGAAGGGACGACUUUUCUUCGUCGCGGCCCGAUCGAUCGUUUGCGUCGCCCCGAGAAGAUCUCCCCCUGCCCACCCAACCCCCUUACACCGCCUACGUCGCAAAUCUCUCCUUCGACAUCACCGAAGGUGAACUUGAAAGCUUCUUUGGUCCUCAUCAGACCAAAUCCAUCAAAAUCAUCAAGGACCGUGAUGACAAACCGAAAGGCUUUGGAUAUGUCGAGUUCGCAGAGCUUGAUGGAUUAAAAGAUGCAUUGGCAAAGACCGGUAGUAGCCUCUCUGGACGUACAGUUCGUACCAGCGUCGCCGAGCCUCCAAAGGAAAGGUCGGGAUUCUCAGGGUCUUCCUUCGACGACGACACCAAGUUUUCUGGUAACUGGCGUCGUGAAGGUCCCCCACCCGUGCAAGAUUCACGCGAUUCUUCCCGACGUCGGUUCGAUGGUCCUCCAGGAGAUCGCAUGCCUCCUCCGCCUAGUGUCUCGGACGAGGUCAGCCAGUGGAGGUCGAGUAAGCCUCUUGCAAAGAUCCCUGAACCAGAGGCUCCGUCAUUUAAGCGGAGGGGCUCAGGAUUCUCCACACCCGAAGGUCAAUCGCCUGCAGACAACGAGGAGAAAUGGGCUCUUGGGAGCAAGUUCAAGCCUUCGGCCGAAGACCCGCCAUCGAGAUUUGGCAGUUUGAGAGGCAGUCAUGAUUCGCAGCACGUGAGAGAGCCGCCCGCCGACGACGGCGACUGGCGCGCUGGGCGAUCAAGAACGAUAACAGCAACCAAUUCUACCCCUCCUACACCCCAAAUGGGUCGCCGCAAGCUCGAGCUUCUCCCUCUCCCUCCCCCCCUCUCUUCUCCGAAAAUGGCUUCUAAUCCCGGUGCCCCGCCUGCUCCCAAAGCUAGUCCUUUCGGCGCAGCCAGACCAGUUGAUGUUACCUCAAAAGAACGUGAAAUUACUGCCCGUGUUGAGAAGGACCGUGAAGCCUUGAAGGAACGUGUUCCGCACCCAAUGUCGCGCAACUCCUCCCGUCAAGCGACUGAACGAAGUCCUAUUACUGCUACAAGGUCACCGCCCCAGCUUAUCGCUACGCCACCUACCCCUGGAUCUCCGCGUAUCUCUCAUGCUACACCAACAACCUCGGCAAACAUCAGACCAUCGAUUAGCUUCGCCAGCGCUGCUAGCGCGAAGAAGGAUGCAGCAGACGCCAGGGCUGAAGAGAAGGAAGAGUCGUCCAUGGACGAAGUUACCGAGCAGGUCACAGAAGUAAGCGUGUAG